UUCAACACUCUUUCCCCAAAUCAUUGCUUUCUGUACUGAAACCCGACCGCCGAUCAUCUGAACAGUGCCCAUCACCGGCCCCGUCGCACGAACAACCGAUUCACUGAAGCAGAGAUGAUGGGUCGGAGAGGAUCGCAUAUAGCUUUGAGCUGAAGUCACUCACUGUGAGGAUAUAAAUAAAGACUGGAUUUUGGGGGGAUUUUCAUCCUCUGUUGCUGCCGGAAAGAUGAAUCCGAGCAAGGUCGAGGAGGACAUCUUCCACCAUCACAUGCUCAAUCGACCUCAGCCGCCGCUUAUUGACCACCACGCGGCGGAGGAAGACGAGCCCUUCGCUUUCCACGACCUCGUCCUCUUCCGCGACGACGACGACGAGGAGGAGGAGGACGGCAGCCACACCUCAUCGGAGUCGGAGCUUCCCCUCACCCGCCGGAACCAAUUUCAGUCCUCCGCCAAUCCACCGCCGCCCCAGAACCGAUCGGAUUUGGACGGAUCGAUUUUCCGAAACCCUAACCCUAGCCCCAAUUUCGGCCUCCAGAAGAGGCAUCUUUAUGAACCCGCAUACAUCAGCCCAGACCCACACAUUUCCUCCCAAUUCUACACCUUCAACAAGGAAUCUCACUCCCUGAUGAUCCGCUGCCUCCUGGAAGGCCGUCCGGCCACCCCAGAGGAAAUCCGUGCCGCCAACCCCUCCUCCGUGCUUGUCAGCUGGCGCUCUGUUUGGAAGGACCGCAACGAGGACACUGCCUACCUAACCGCCUGGAAGCGCAUCCAGGACAAGCUAAGUGCGCACGUCGACAACUCUACCGGUAAUGAAUACUUGUACUUCAAGAACAAUCCUAAUCAAUGUGUUUCCUAUGUUGAUCAAUGGCAUGGUAUAGUCUCCCAUUUACAUUCUGAUGCUGAAUCUAAACACUUGGGGCCCAAAGAAACCCUAGAAAGAAUCAAACAGAUGUGGACUGUGGGUGCCAAAUUUUACGGCAUCCCAGAGAGUUACAUUAGGGUUUGUGUGUCUGCGUGCCCCGUUUGCCUAGACGAAACAUCUGGGUGUGCCCCUCGUGGCAAACGGCGCAGGUUUGAGUACACUGAAUCAAUUGAUGUGCCAGCUAAAGAAGUGCCCACUAGAUUACAGCAGCUGGCUGCAAAACAUAAGGUUGUGUUGUGUAUACGCCAAAAGUACAUUAGGUAUAAGCCCUUCAUGGCAGAGGUUAAAGAUUACACGUGUCACCGUGCGGGAGAGCCGGCGUCCUCAAAAAAAUCAAAGCUUUUGAAGAGGGAGCCUUACGUGUCGAAACGUUGCGGGUGUGGAUUCCGUAUUCGGGCUAUUGUCCCUAUAUCGAACUACAAUGAGAAAGAUAAGACCUUUGUGUACCAAGAAGAGGGGAUGGCUGUGUUUAAGCUGUAUGCAGUGCAUUCGGGCCACGAGCCGGGUCCGUCAGAUGGGAAUGCUAGGAUCAUGCAUCGAGUUGUCGGGCAUAAAGGAGGCUUUUUGAUGAUGGAUCAAGAAACAAUUUAUGGGGUCAGAGAAGAAGUAGAUAACGAGGAUUUUGGGGAUAUCCAACACUCAGUUCUGCAGCAAUUGCAGGAAGCGAGAAAUGAGAUCGAGCUUCUUGAAGGGCAAAUUGGGAAACUUCCACACGAGCUUUUAUGUUCGGCUUCGCGAGAGCUUUUCGAUAUUGUGAAUAAGCUCAAAAAUGUUAGAGAGUGUGGCUCUAGGUCAGUUGGGCUUGGAUUGGUCUCCGAGAAACACGAUUCGGUUGAUGUCUUGGUGGGGGAAAAUGAUUUGGUAGAUUGGGGUGGUGGUCACCAUCAAAGGCUGUACGUGGAUGGAAAAGAAGCCGAGUUCAUUGAAGAAGAUGAAGACAGCUUUGGAAGAACUCUAGGGGAAGUUGCUUCCUGGGAUCAAAUGAGGACUCGCUGUGGAAGCCAGACUUGUAAGCCAGACAAACAAAACCUUGGAAAAGGCAUCGAGUUUGACGAGAAAAGCUUUCUUGAUUCCAAACUGGCCAAACCCUUAAUAAGGCACGACGAGAGUAUAGACACGGAUGUCGGCUUUGUGGUGGAAAACUUCUACGAAAACCCCAAAUGGUUUGACUCGCCCUGCGGCUUAGACUCUGGAACGGAUUGCGGCGACAGCGAAUUCAGACAUGGGGGAAUUGUGUAGGAAAAACUCGCACCACGUUACACUAACUGACACUUCAGGGGGUAUUAUUUUUCUUUUUUCGAAAAAAGUGUUAAGGUCACCUCACCUUUCACCCCAACCUUCUCACGAACAUUGAACACUAACGGGUAAACGAACAUUGAACAGUAACGGGUGUCUGUGUAUGUCUGGGGUGAGAUAUGGGGUGCCCUUAGCAUGUUUCUUGUUUUCCAUGGUGCCAUUCUUAUGUUCUUAAUUGUUGCAAGCGAGCUGUACAUUGUGUAUUUUCAACAGGUCGAUGUUUUUUCGUAGCCUCUCAGUUUGUCUAUGCUGUAUGUUUAUAAUUCUGUAAAGUACGGCCUCCCUCUGGGUCUGUAUCCACACUUUUUUCACGACGAUAAAAAGAUUUAAUUUGU